AUGGGCGACUUCCAGAUGUCCCUUCCUUACCCUAACCCUUCCCUUAGUCAGAUGCCGUCCAUACAGAAUCCAAAUAUAUCCCAGGCAGACCAAACCGCGCCUUCCCGGGCCAGAAAUCGCCACAAUGUCAGCGGCAUUCGCCAGAAAGUUCUUAUGGCAUCCUUGCUUGUCGGUCUUCUGUUUUCCAGCCUGGACACCUCUAUCGUCGCUACUUCUCUGGUUACCAUCUCCCACGAACUGAACGACUUUGCUAAUGCUCCGUGGAUUAUCCUGGCUUAUCUGUUGACUUACAUGGGGUUUGCCGUUUGCAUUUCAAAGUUGAGUGACAUCUACGGCCGACGAAACAUGCUUAUUCUGUCCUGGAUAAUAUUCAUCGCUUUUUCAAUGGGUUGUGCAACUGCAAAAGGCAUGAUUGAGCUGAUUUGCUGCCGAGCGUUUCAAGGUAUCGGAGCGUCUGGUCUUUAUAGUCUCACCCAGAUUGGACUUGUCGAAGUUGGUCCGGUUCAUCGGCCAAGUCUAAUUGGGGCCAUGAUUGGGGCCACUCUUGCUGCAGCGUUUGUUUUGGGCCCUCUCGUGGGAGGUGUUAUAUCUCAACUAUCGGAUUGGAGAUGGUUGUUUAACCUCAAUAUUCCCUUUGGGCUCAUAACAAUUUUAAUACUCACCAAUUUUUGGCCACAAGAAGACGUGGCCGACCUGCUCUCGUGGACAGCUUUCAGGAGCAUCGAUUUCCUCGGUAGUGCCACGCUACUCUGCAGCUCCGGUUUUCUAGUCUUCGCCUUGCAACAGGCUGGCUCACAAGCUCUAGCUUGGCUGAGUCCAGCAAUUGUCAUCAGCUUCAUUGUUUCCACUUUGAGUUGCAUUGUUUUUGUUACAUGGGAGAUACACUUGGCACGCAAGCGACAUCGUCAUAUCGAGCCAAUAUUUCCCAUCGGGCUUAUGGGCAAGCGUGUAUACGCCGCCGGAUUACUUGUCACACUAUUCACUGGAUUCCCAUACAUUUGUUUCUCCAUAAUCCUACCAGAGCGAUUUCAGAUGGUCAAUAAUCAAAACCCACUUAUGGCGGGAGUUCGGAUUCUUCCAAUGCUUAGUGCGUGCGCUUUUGGCUCUUUUCUUGGAGGAGCCAUAUCAAGCAAACGAAACAACACAUCUUAUACCCUGGUUGCAGCUUCCUGUCUUCAGCUUCUUGGAGUUGGGCUCAUGACUACUGUGUCUGGUGAUUCCGAGACGGCGGCAGGCCAGUAUGGCUAUCAAGCAAUUUUUGGCUUGGGUGUUGGCCUGUCCUUUUCGGCAGCGACAAUUAUGACAAACAUUUUGGCUACAGAGCCAAAUGAGAGAGCUUCCGCUCAAGGCGCUGUUGCCCAGGCCAGGGUUCUUGGUGGAUGCAUUGGAUUGUCUUUAUGCACGAUCCUUUUCAAUGCACACGCCAAUAGGCUUUUAAGUGGUCGUUUGACAGAUCAAGAACUAUAUAUGCUGCACCGGUCUCCCUUAUCAGGACUGCGGCUGCCCGACAAUUUGCGAGGGCUCGUAAGACAAGUCUACAUUGGCGCAUUUAGAAGAGAGAUCGAGGUCAUCGGAGUGGCUUGUGCAGUCAUGGUGGUCAUUUCUCUUUUCACCCUGGAAAAAAAACCUACACCUAUUGAACGAAUAACGGCUCCGGUCAAGGACGAAUCGUCAUCGUAUCGCAGGGGAAGUGACUCUGGGACGGAGAUCAACGACGUCACACAUGCUCGUCACAUGGCUUAA